CUGACUUCUGGACGUUCCCCUUCACUCCCCACUUUUCGGGCAGAGGAGCCGGGUGGGGCAUCGACACGGACUAUCCGCGCAUCAGGAUUAUUUUGGCUGGUCCUAAUGCUGCCUUUCUGCCCCCUACCAGAUUUUCAGAAGCAGGAGUUUCCGGUCGCCGCACGGAUCCAGAGCCUCACCGCCACAGAAGACGUCGGAAAAGCCGUUCGAUCGGAGGGGUUUCGGGAAUCCGGUUCCGUGCAGGGUGGCCUUCCUGACCCCACCGCCCACCAUGUGCGGGGACGGGUUCGGCUGAGGGGAGAGCUCGCCGGUGCCCGGGAUUCCGGAGGGACUUCUCCCACAGCGCACUGGGGUGGUUCACUGAUACUGUCUCACCCCACCCCAGCACAGACUCGCACCAGUGACUCCUUCACUGGGGGAGCCAGCGCCCCUCCCGGUCUCCCUGCCCGUCCCGCGAUCUGCGAGUUCGGAGCCGGGAGCCGGGACCCGUCCCUCGUCGGGAGCGGAUCGCUCUCUGCCCUCCUCUGCUGGGAUCGGACUCUGCGCCAACACAAUUGGAACUGAUCUCGUGAGCUGCCAUGUCUGUCCAGCAACAGCUCCCUGCAGACUCCCAGCUCCCGGUGCCUCUGCUGAACAAGCUGCGGGGAUUGAGCCGUGAGGAUCUGGAGGAGGUGCUGGACAACCGGGAGAAGGUGGAUGGGCUGGUGAUGGACAGCGAGGAGGUCCAGAACCUCCAGCUGGAGCGGGAGAUGUCCCUGGCCACCAACCGCAGCCUGGCCGAGACCAACCUGCAGCUGCAGCCCCGCCUGGAGAGCGGGAAGACACGGCUGCUGGAGAGGUACGCAGAGCUCCGGGCCGUUCACCAGGCGGUAAUGGAGCAGCACAGGCGCUUGG